AUGAACACCAAUCAGGCUGUUUCUGAAGAACUAGAGUUUUCAGGGUCAGCAGUGGAGAGUCUCAGAGGGAAUACUACCCAGGGUUCUACAAAUGAAAAAGCCUGUAAAAGUGAGGGCCAGUUAUCAAGGCAGACAAAAUGUUCUGCACAGAAGAAAUCCUCUUUUGAGAAAACAGCAAUCAGAAAAGUGUCAAUGAUGCUCAAGGAAAUUUUCACUGGGGAGGGAGGCCCUGAAUCCAGUGAAUUUAGUCUAAACUCAAACAUUCAUACACAGCAGAUUCCAAAGGGAAAUAGAUCCUCCAUAUCUGGGAAAAACUCUAAAGAUAAUUCAGACAUAAUUAAACACCAAAAAAUCUUCCCACAAAAGAAACCUUAUAAAUGCAAUGGAUGUGGGAAAGCCUUUAGUUACCAAUCAGACCUUCUUAUACACAGUAGAAUUCAUGGUGUAGAAAAACCUUUUGAAUGCAAUGAAUGUGGGAAAACUUUCAGCCGAAGUACACAUCUUAUUGAACAUCAAAGAACUCACACUGGAGAGAAACCUUAUGAAUGCAGUGAAUGCAGAAAAGCUUUUAGCCGGAGUGCACAUCUUAGUCUACAUCAGAGGAUCCAUACUGGAGAAAAACCAUAUGAAUGUAGUGAAUGUGGAAAAACCUUUAGCCGAAGCACUAACCUUAGUCAACAUCAGCGAACUCAUACUCAAGAAAAGCCUUACAAAUGUAAUGAAUGUGGGAAAGCCUUCAGUGACCGCUCAACCGUAAUUCAGCAUCAGCGUAUACACACUGGAGAGAACCCCUAUGAAUGCAGUGAAUGUGGCAAAGCUUUCAGUUGGAUUUCAUCUCUUAUUGAACAUCAAAGAACACACACUGGGGAGAAUCCCUAUGAGUGCAAUGACUGUGGAAAAGUGUUCAGUCGAAGCUCAUCCCUUACUGAACAUCAGAGAAUCCAUACUGGAGAAAAGCCCUAUGAAUGUCAAGAAUGUGGAAAGGGCUUCAGUCGGAGCUCAUCCCUUAUGAUUCACCAGAGAACUCAUACAGGGGAGAAGCCUUACAAAUGUAAUGACUGUGGGAAAGCCUUCAGUCAGAGUUCAACACUCAUCAGACAUCAGCAACUUCACACUAAAGAGUGA